AUGCUCGUCUACAAGAUAAAAGAUAUUCCAGCUGAUCCUGUCUUUCCUGUUGAUCUGGAGAAACUGGGCUUCUUCAUCAACGACCAAGAUCAAAUCCGUCAGAUCACCAACCCAGAGGAGGGAUUCAAAUACCGAGUCAACACCAACGAGAGAUGGAAUGAUGUCCGUCGCAAUUCUUUCAACGAAUGUAUCCGCCGUAUUGUCCUCUCCCGCCUAGAAGACGUCGGACUAUCAACCUUGCGUCUGCCGCUCGGUGUUCAGGCAAACGACAAACACGUCCCAAUACUAUGCUCCUCCAACCUGAGCACGGCGAAACGCAUCAUCCUCAUCCUGGGCAGCCCCGACCAAGACCUUGGCAUCUGGACCAAUCGCAGCAUCGCCGAACGAGGCAUCAGCCAGGGCUCAAUGGUGGAGAUUGCCCAAACCAUUUUGAGCAGCCAGGCUGAUACUGCAUUGGUGAUUGCGAAUUUAGGCCAGCUCGUGUAUCACUGUGGCUCGGGAAAGGCAUUGUCUCAACGUACCUGGGGUGCUCUCCCUGUUGAGACGGCUGCGCAUCCGCCACCGAGACAGACGUAUCGAAAUGUGAUUCCGCGAAAUGCGAAUUGGAAUGAGCAUGUCGCAUGUAUUUUUGAGGACGUGUUGGCUCCAAGAAACAAAGUGAUCAACUCAGAGGCAAAGAUUGAUAUUAUCGGGGUUGAAGAGGGCGGUCUCGCUGCUGUGGAGUAUUUGGUUGGGAGGUGGGAUAAAUGGAAAAACUCCAUUUCAGCCAUCUGUUUCUCCAGACCUCAGCAUCACAAACAUCACCUCAUCCUACCAGAUGAAUCUGACAGCGACGAUACCGCCACAAAAUCAGGCACACUUGCCCAUUUCAUCUCAACCCGUUCCCGCGCCUACGUCCUCUCCGACAAACCCCUCGAAUGCCCCGUCCCCGGAACCCUGCAAUACGGCUGCAACACCUACUCUGGCAACGAGAGCCUCGACCACGAAGACAUCAUCGUCUCUUCAUGGAAGAAUAUGUUGCAGUGGCUGGACAAGGUGCACGCCGAUCCCUCGUACGAGGAAGUCGAGUUCAUAAUCGAGGAGCCGGUGGAGGUUAAUGAAGGGUGGGAGAAAUGGCGACGGGGGGAGAUUGAUGCUGUGGACGAUAUGUCUACAUUGUCUUGA